AUGGAUAUAAAAUAUGUCAGUAGUAUUGGUGGUUUCAUCAUAAAAGUGAUACCUUUCAUUGUGAUUAUAUGUACUGUUAAAGAAUUUGUCACUUCAUUGAAUGUAACGAAAUAUCAUCAUGUACAAGGGGAUUCUAGUCAAAAUCAUAAUCAAUUGUUAAAUGAGAUUCAAUUGAACACAAAUUAUUUAACAAAUACAGAGUCAAUGCAAUCAAGUGUAAAGAAAGAUGAUUUGUCUGGCGAUAGUACUGUCAAUAUUGAUCGUAAAGAUUUGAAUCAUUCCAACUACAAUAUCUCAACAAGUAACACCACUAUCCAAUACCACAACACAUCAGCAGUAACAUCUACAAACGCAAGUUCAGAACUUACUGAAGUUGGCAAUAAUAGUAACAGUAAUAAUAAUAAUAAUAAUAAUAAUAACAAUGGCAGUACACAUUCAGUAGCCCAACAAACCACAGAUAAGAAUAAUUACAAAACCGACAGAGUCAAUAAUAAACAUUUCAAGUUACAAAAUGAACAAACAAUCAGUAUGAAUUCCAGUAUUAAAUUUAUGCGAUACAAUACUGGUGAUACGAUACAUUUGAAAUGUCGAAUACCAAAAGGUCCAUAUCUUGUUUUAUGGAAUAAAUUAGGCUUGGAUUAUCCAUUAACCAUUGGUAGAAAUCGUUUUAUACCAGAUAAACGAUUUCAAAUCCAACAUAAACCACCAAAUCGUUGGAAUCUUAUCAUUUCCAAUGCUCAGUUAAAUGAUACAGGUGUUUAUUCAUGCAGUCCCGGUGCUGGUAUCAAAGAUAAUCAUGCAAGUGUUGAUAAGAAAUCCGAUUUGAAACAAUAUCACGAAUAUCAAAUGCAGUCUGAGAAGAAGAAGAAGAAUAAUUAUAAAACACAUACGACAAUAACCGAUACUACAACAUUAAGGACAACAACAACAUCACCAAGAAAGCCAAAUAAAGGAAGAGAAUAUUAUGUUUCUGUUGCGAUAACUGUGACUGGACCAAAUCUAGUAUUCUACGGUACACCAUUAGAAUUAAUAUGUCGUGCUAGUUUUCCAUCAUCUGAAGCGAAACUUGAUCCAACUAUUUCAUUAGAAUGGUAUCAUCGUGGAAUACGUCGAUUAUCACAUCCAUUCCGUUCAGGUGGUGUAUAUAUUACAAUGCAAUGGUUAGAUUCACAUUUAUUAGAAAGUAGAUUAUUCAUUGCAUGGGCUACAGAAGCUGAAGCUGGUCAAUGGAUUUGUUUAGAAAGAUCAACAAAUCCAACAAGAAAUUUAACUUCUGCCAAGCUAACAUCAUCAUCGACAUCAACAUUGUCAAAUUAUCCUAAUAUUCAUCAAAUGAAUGAAUACAGCAGAGCAUCAUUUCUAUCUUAUCCUCCGAAUAUAUCAUCUGUAACAUAUAAUCCAUCGAAAAUUGAUUUUGUUUAUGAUAAAAUCUACAUUGAAAUUAUUGACAUACCUGACACAACGCGUUCUGUACAAGUGACAAAGCAAAGUACAGCAUUCACUGCUCCAACGGCUUUAUCUUCAUCAUCACAGACCAAUGCAUUAUUAUCAACCACCCUCUCAUCAUCAUCAUCAUCAUCAUCAUCACCAUCAUCAACAUCAUUCACAUCUAGUUUCAAUCGAAAACUUACUAAACCAAAUACACUCAUCGCAGCAUCAAAACAUUCAAAUGGUAAACCGGAGAAAUUAUCAUUUAUUGAACGAUUGAUCCGAUCCAUGAAUCAAUGUUCAAGAUUACAAAUCAAUAAACAAUUAUUAUUCAUGUUUAAUUUGUUUAAUUGUUUACGUUGGUCAACAUUUUUAAUGACUACUAAUAAUCAUAUUCAGUAAAUCAGUAAAUAUACGACUAGGUAAUCUAAUUCUUGAAAUUGAUGUGAUCAAAUGAACAAUCACAAGUGGUGUUCACAAUGUCGGCCAUUUUUUUAAACAAACAACUAUUUUUUGAUGCGUUUGUAGAUAUGAACUAUGUAUUGCAUUCUGUGUCUUUCCUCUUUUCAAAAUGUUUCUUUCAUUGAAUUGUUCUAUGUGUUCCCUCAGAUUUCAACAAAUAUGAGUUUAUUGUUGUAUAUACAAGAAAAAAUAUAUAUUUAUAAAUAUUUUAUUUAGUCCAG